ACUUCAGAACCUAUCAAAGUUGUCGUUGGAACCUCCAAGACGACCUAUUUCGUGAAUGAGGCGCGACUUCGUGCGAGUUCCGACUUCUUCUCCAAAGUGUUUGACGGGCACUGGAAAGAGAGCACAGCGAGGACCGUCACGUUACCCGAGAUUAUGCCAACGGCUUUCAGUAUCUACGACAAAUGGCCCUAUACUGGCUACUUCUAUACGACAGGGUCAAAUUGCCUAAUCUACGACGAAUGGCUUGAUGAAUAUCGUAAAGAAGAGUAUAUCACGUUCGGCGAAUGCUACCAGCUAGCCGACUACCUCCAGGCCACAGACUUUAAAGACGCAUGCAUCGAUUCCUUGAUCCACAAGACGCUGUUCGAUAAGGAGAUUCCAUAUGGUAUCGCAACCAACAUGUAUCCCCACACUCUUGAAUCUCGCCCCAUCGUCAAUUCGCCAUUCACCGCGCCCUCAAAUUUUGGCCAAACAAAGCCUUUGAGUUCUUCGAUGAACAGAGAUUUCCCCAGGAGUUCCAAAACGACUUGA